CAUAAAAUGAAUCCCUCCUCUCUAGUUUCCAUUCUUUCUUUUUCUCUCUUGUUUCUUUCUCAACUCUCUUCAUCUGAAAGAUGCCAUCCAAAUGACAAAAAAGCCCUCCUAGAAUUCAAAAAAGGUCUAGGCAAUCCUGAUGACUUGGGUAAUUGGGAUCCCAAAACUGAUUGUUGUACUGAUUGGUACGGACCUACUAUCAAAUGUGAUGAAAAAACCAAUCGUAUUAACGUCAUCGCCUUCACCAAAAUGGAUAUGGCCGGAUACCUCUCCCCCGCCAUCGGAGACCUUACAUACCUUACAACAUUCAGUAUCCACAAUGUACGUAAUCUCACCGGUCCAAUUCCAUCAACAAUCGUUAAACUCACUAAUCUCGAAUUCUUCAGAAUUAGUCAAACAAACAUUUCUGGACCUGUACCUGAAGUUCUUAGUAGGUUGAAAAGCUUAACGUACAUUAACUUGUCGUAUAAUAAGCUUGUUGGAACUAUCCCACCUUCGCUAUCUCAACUUCCACACUUGGAGUUUUUAGGAUUAGACAGAAACAAACUUAGUGGACCAAUCCCGGAGUUUUUUAGCAAGUUAGCUCCAAAUCUAACGUAUAUUUACCUUGGACAUAACCAACUUACAGGGAUUGUCCCAACUUCAUUUGCUGGCUUGAGUAUUGAGACAAUUGACUUGUCAAGGAACAUGCUUGAAGGGGAUGUUUCAUUUUUGUUUGGUAAAGAAAAGAAUACAUUUCAAAUGCUUUUGGAUAGGAAUAAGUUUGAAUUUGACAUGUCAAAGUUGACAUUUGGGAAGAGAUUAUGGAGGUUGGAUUUAAAUCAUAACAAGAUUUAUGGGAGUCUUCCAAAAAUCAUGUCGAAGAAUCCGUGGCAACUCUUGAAUGUGAGUUAUAAUAGACUUUGUGGCAAGAUUCCAAAGGGUGAGAAUAUGCAGAGAUUUGAGAUAUAUGAGUAUUUUCACAACAAAUGCUUGUGUGGUGCUCCAUUGCCGCCCUGUAAAUGAUCAUCACUAGC